AUGUCGAACGAAGCUCCCUAUGAUCCCUACAUCCCCAGCGGCCAGGCCGCACCUCAACAGGGCGGCAACAAUCGAACGCAGGCGUUACAAGCUCAAAUCGACGACACCGUUGGUGUUAUGCGAGAGAACAUCAACAAGGUCUCCCAACGUGGCGAGCGUCUCGAUGCCCUGCAAGAUAAGACCGACAAUCUAGCCGUCUCUGCCCAGGGCUUCCGCCGCGGUGCCAACAGAGUUCGCAAGCAGAUGUGGUGGAAGGACAUGAAAAUGAGGAUGUGCCUGAUUGCUGGUAUCAUCAUCCUAAUUCUAGUUAUUGUCAUCCCUUCCGUCCUCGCAAGCCAGGGCAAGGUCUAA